AUUGUUUAUUUUACAUUAUUGAGGAUGAUUGUGAUCCCGAAUGUGGGGCCCGGUUCCCCAGCAAGGAUUAGGAGACAGUGGGUGAAAAGGAUUCUGUGGGGUGUCCUCUUUGGGCUGAUGGUGCUCAUCUAUGGCUCUCAUGCACCACUCAUCACUCUCACCAAAGUAGACGGUCAAGUCCCUUUCAACCCCUCUUCAUGCGUUCUCAUGAUUGAGUUAUUCAAACUGCUGAUUUCUCUGGCUACUCUCGUUUUAACUGGGGGUGCCUCCGCCUUACGUGCUGCUCCACCUCUAGUCAGUGUGGCCCCCUAUGGGGUCCCUGCGAUACUCUACGCCCUCAACAACAACCUGGUAGUCCUCAUGCAGGCCUACAUGGACCCAAGCUCAUACCAAGUCCUCUCCAACCUUAAAAUUGCCUCCACGGCCCUGUUGUACUCCCUCUGCCUGGGCAAGAGGCUCCGUCCUUCCCAGUGGUUGGCUCUGGGGGUCCUCAUGAGUGCAGGGGUGUGUCACAGCUACAGCAGCCUGGAUCUAGGGGACCCUGAGAGGGCUGAAGCUGAAGUGAGGCUCCGUAUCACAGCCUGGGGGCUUUUCCUUGUGCUGGUGUACUGCUGUGUUUCAGGGCUCGCAGCAGUUUACACAGAGAGGGUGCUGAAGAGCCAGAAGCUGCCCCUCAGCUUGCAGAAUCUCUACCUCUAUGUGUUUGGUGUGGCUAUCAACGGGCUGUCCUCCUUCUCCUCUGUAGCAGGUGAAAAGAGCUUUCUGGAGGGAUACUCUGGGGUGGUUUGGGUCAUCAUAGCAGGGCAGGCAGCUAACGGACUGCUGAUGUCUGUGGUUCUCAAGCACGGCAGCGGGAUCACCAGACUGUUUGUCAUUUCCUGCUCCAUGCUGGUUAACGCUCUGCUGUCUUGGGCCAUGUUGGGGCUGCAGCUCACACCUUUUUUCCUCUUACCCGUUUCUAUGAUUGGACUGGCAGCUUUCAUGUACUACAGAUAGUAAAUAACUGAACGACAAGGCUCACUGAACUCAUCAGUCUGAACUACAGUCUGUACAUUUGUUUACUAGUUUUUCAGAUGUGAUUUGUUUUCAGCCUUACAAUCUAUCGGCCUUCUGAAAUCCAGAAUCCAAUGCAUAUUGUAAUUUAUAAAAAUAUACCAUAUCAUGUGUGAACAUUUGUCAGCUGAACCCUUCAUUGACAAUUAACAUAAUUUCUGAAUUUAAUUCAGAAUUCUCUCACACCAAUGCAAGUAAAUUCAAAUAAAUCAGGAUUAUUAUAUCUUCAGUUCAACAUUUUUGAGAGUGCUGCUAGUGUCAUUUUGUUUUGUAUUUCAUUCUUUGCCAAGAGCAAUGUCCAAGUCUAUAUCAAAGUGUGUUAAUGAUAACCAAUAAACUGUCAA